AUGGCUCUCUGGGUCACGGUCCUGCCCUUGCUGGCCCUCCUGGCACUCUCGAUGCCCGCUCCCGGUGGGGCCUUCCCUAACCAGCACCUGUGUGGCUCUCACCUGGUGGAGGCUCUCUACCUGGUGUGCGGAGAAAAAGGCUUCUACUACAUCCCCCGGGGCCGCAGGGAUGCCGAGGAGCCUGUCGUUCGUGGGCUCCUCCAGAACGGGUUGAAUGACCUGGAGUUCCCCUCUGACCUCCAGGUGGGCAAGAGGGGCAUCGUGGAGGAAUGCUGCAAAGGCGUCUGCUCCAUGUACCAGCUGGAAAAUUACUGCAACUAG